CUGUCUGUCUUGCUUAGCGGACUUUACUCCUCGUAGAUCUCUGACUGUGCUUACGGAAUACUUCAAUGCCAUCUAAAGCAGUUGGACAUAAGAAAUAAAAAUCCAUGUCUGCGUUGAUUGAUCACUUUUAGCUCAUUCGGAUAACAGGAAUAAUGUCGAGGGAGGGAGAGAGAUUCGCCAUGAAGUAACGGUGAAUCGGUCAUGGAGUUACGCAACGUGCUUCAAGUGCAUGCGCGGUACCUGGGAGCAGAGAAUCGGUUGAUACUAAGAAAUUUACCGCGGGGAAGAUCUGAGUGGCUGAGGAGUUUGGUGGUUUGUUGUCGCUGUCAGUCUAGGUGAACGGAAGAUGGAUAUGGAGCAGGGUGAAAUGUAGCCGCAGGUUGGAUCUGAUUCUGGUAGCAGAGCUUGAAGGUUCUGAGGCAAUGGCGGGGGACGGACAAUCGUGCGUGAGGGUUGUCGGUCGGAAGUAAGAUUGCGUCGCUGGUGUCUCACGAAUUUGGUGCGCUGAGGCUCAAGAUUGGAGCAGUAAAGUGUGAGCUUUGGAUUCUAAUUUUUGAAGAAGUACAAUCCACUUUUCUAUUUAAGAAAGGGAGAAUCGUGCGUGAAGGUGGUAGAGUCCAGUGAUUGUGCACCUAAAAGGGUCGGCUCAGUGUUCUUGUUCAAUCUUUUCUCUGUUUUGGCAUUGGAGCGAGAUUUUCACUGAUUUAUUCGUCUCAAACGGAAGCGUCGCAAUAUGGGUCUCACUAAUGAAGCAUUGAACUUAACAAGUUCUCAGAAAAAGACUGUGGCCGUCAUUAUGAUGGGAGGUCCUACUAAAGGUACUCGCUUCCGGCCUCUCUCCUUCAACGUGGCCAAGCCUUUGUUUCCCUUGGCGGGCCAGCCUAUGGUUCACCACCCAAUUCUUGCUUGCAAAAAGAUAUUGGACUUGGCACAGGUGUUUCUUAUUGGAUUUUAUGAGGAGAAAGAAUUUUCUCUCUAUAUAUCUGCACUUUCAAACGACCUUAAAGUUCCUGUGAGGUAUUUGCGUGAAGACAAACCUCAUGGAUCUGCUGGCGGCCUGUACAAUUUCCAGGACCUCCUCUUGGAAGAUGACCCUACUGAUAUUGUUGUAUUGAACUGCGAUGUAUGCUGCAGCUUUCCUUUGACAAAAAUGCUUGAGGCUCACAGAAACCAUGGGGGUAUUGGCACGCUGUUAGUCAAGAAGGUUUCUAAAGAAGUGGCAAGCGAAUACGGGGAGUUGGUGGCCGAUCCUAAAACUGGCGAGUUACUUCAUUAUGCCGAGAAGCCAGAGACGUUCGUGAGUGACUUCAUCAAUUGUGGAGUUUAUAUAUUCACACCAGAGAUCUUUAAAGCCAUCGGAGACGUCACAUCAACAAGUCUGAGUCACACGACAAGUUUCGAGCUCCGUCCUACUCCGACUAACAAUAGACUUAUGCAAGCUGAUUUUAUGAGGCUUGAUCAAGAUAUCCUUACCCCACUUGCUGGCAAGAAGAAACUCUACACCUUUGAAACCAAUGAUUUUUGGGAGCAGAUUAAAACACCAGGUAUGUCUCUCCGGUGCUCGUCUCUCUACUUAGCACAGUACAGAGCGACUCAGCCUGAGCUUUUGACUUCUGGAGAGGGCCAAAAGUCUCCUACAAUAAUAGGAGACGUUUUCAUUCAUAGGUCUGCCAAAGUUCAUCCAACUGCUAAGCUGGGACCCAAUGUCUCUAUAUCUGCCAAUGCUCGCAUAGGCCCUGGUGUUCGGCUCGUAGGGUGCAUCAUCCUUGAUGAUGUUGAAAUCAAGGAAAAUGCUGUUGUGAUGAACUCCAUAGUUGGCUGGAAGUCUUCGUUGGGAAAAUGGGCUCGAGUUCAGGGAGGAGGUGAUUACAAUUCCAAGUUGGGCAUCACUAUUCUUGGAGAAGACGUGGCCGUUGAGGAUGAGGUUGUUGUCGUUAAUUGCAUUGUCCUACCUCACAAGACUCUCAACAUCAGCGUCCAUGAUGAGAUCAUUUUGUAAUUGCAGCUGAGGGUUUUGUCAGGAGUCUUAAUAGCUUGAGGUAGUUCACUUAUUAAUCUAUAUAUUGGCUUUGCCAGGAUAAUUUUGCAUUCUUGUAUAUUUGUUAUUAGCUUGGAGGAGGUCAAUAUAGCAGUUUUGCUUGUAAGACUAUUAUUUAGUGCAGAAUAUAUCAAUGUAUUUCAAAUAAGAGGUCAUUUCAUAAAUUCAAGUUGUGCUUAUCUUCGAGGUAGUUGAUGUGAAUAAAUUUGUGUUUCUGUAAUA